AUGGCGGAUAACUCCACUGUUUCUACCCGCCCAGUCUUCCCUAAUAUACCCGCUCGAACCGAUCAGUGGUAUCACCGUCUACGGGACCGUUUGCAUUUGGCUUCGAUUGGGGUGUUGGGACCUGAAUUUCUGCUCAUGCUGGCGCUGGGUCAGUGGUCCUCAGCCCGGGCAUCAGUAAAGAAAUUCGAGCAACUGGCGAGAGACUUUCCCAAUUCGAAUAGACCCUCAUGGACCCUUGCACAUGCCUUCUAUGCCGACAUGGGAGGCUUUAUUCUCGAAGAAGAGGGAAACGCGACGUUCUUCCCCGUCAAUGCUGAACAACUCUAUUUCUUGAUCGCCAACAACUAUAUCAAGCACCCGCCCUUAACGGAAGAAGAGAUCAAUGAUCGUAACAAGUCAGACAGCUUCUCACGUGUGCUUGCCGUCAGCCAGGCGUUGUGGUUCCUCGUUAAUAGCGCUCUUAGAGUAGCGCAGGGAUUAUUCCUGACUACCCUUGAGCUCACGACCAUAUCUUAUGUGGUGGUCUUUCUAGUAACGUCAUUCUGCUGGCGUGCUAAACCGUCGGGCAUAACCGGUACUAUGCCGGUCAAAACAGAGACCCCGAUAGAGACCAUUCGAGCAGAGCACUGCCUCUUCCCAGACCAGCGCUGGCACGGUACCCCCCUAGACUUUGUCCAUGCCGACAUCUCCUUCUGUGGCGUGCACUGGCGCUACUAUACGCAGAUACUCCGCAACAUACACCUCCCAGUUUUCUCGCGGCCCAUGACCGCUCAGCCCCAGAACCGAAUUAUCAGUGAUAACUUCCCCGUGACCGAUUUACGGGCGGAUUGCAUCGCCACGCCCGUGCUUCUUCUUUUUGGCUCCAUGUUUCUCAUUGCCUGGGACUUCCAUUACCCGACCCGCGCGGAGCGACUUCUUUGGCGAAUUGCCAGUGCCUAUAACCUCCUCUUCACCGUGGUCGGGGGUUUGCACGCCGGCUACUGUGACAAGAUCCUCCUCCCCCGCGCGUAUGUGGAGCGCAGACAGCGCAUUCCGUGGAUCGCGUCACCAUCACCAUCGCCAUCUUCGAGGGGCUCGCAGAUGGAAAGCUGCCCCUCCUCCUGCUCCCCUCCCCUCAAAUCAUCAAGCCAAGGGUUCUGGACCCGUCUUGCGGGUAGGUUGCGCAAUAUUGACCCAACGCACGAUCCCAAGGCGGAGCUUCCGCUACGGGUGCUCGUGCCGACCUCGGUAAUCUGUGCCCUGUACUGCGUGGGACGAGCGUAUAUCUUGGUGGAGGACUUCAUCGCUCUGCGAAGUUUGCCGGCCUCGGCUUUUCAGACCGUUAGUUGGGAGGAUUAUGUCCCUCACCUUUGA